GAUGAACUGUACCGAACUUUCGUUCUCUCCGAAGACAUUCAGUUAAAGCUUCGACAGAGACGCAAUCUCCCAUCCUCGCUCGCGCAAGCAAACCUCAUCCAUCAACAACGACCGCCGGAGAGACAGAGACAGAGACAGAGAUGGGUCUCACUUUCGCUCCCAGAUCGCUACUUUCGUUGUCGGCGAUCCUCUGCGCCGCCGCCGCCCUCCUCGUCAGCGCCGAACCGGCGCGUCCGGGCCCCGCCGGCGAGCGAUCGGCGUACGACAUCCUCGGCGACUACAACUUCCCCGCCGGGAUCCUCCCCAUCGGCGUCAACGGCUACGACCUCGACGAGCCCACCGGCGCGUUCGCCGCCUACUUCAACAAGACCUGCAGCUUCUCGCUCGAGGGGUCGUACCAGCUGGAGUACAAGUCCACGAUCCGCGGGGUCAUCUCCGAGAACCGGCUCAAGAACCUGCAGGGGGUGAAGGUGAAGCUGCUGUUCGUGUGGGUGGACAUCGUGGAGGUCAGCCGCCGGGGCGACGAUCUGCAGUUCUCCGUCGGCAUCGCAGGUGCGGAUUUCCCUAUCGAUAACUUCGAGGAGUGCCCUCAGUGCGGAUGCGGGUUGAAUUGCGAUAAGGGUGGGGCGAGUGAGAUGACGAGAAGAAGUAGUAGGCCGUUUGUUGAUUCUUACUGAUAGAAAUGGAAUUGGCGACGAAACGUUGUCGCGUCGCCGGAAAUUCAUUUCUUUAUCCUUUGUGACGCGAUGGAAAUAGAUUGAGCUCAAAAUGAUUAAUUGUUGCCAA